CACCGGAAACAAUGUAUACUUUAUAUUUUUUAUUUAAAGAACAAAUUCAUCCUUCCUAUCAAAUAUAUAAAACUAAUUAAAAACAUGUAAUUUCGAUCCGAUAAAAAAUUCAAUAUUUUACAAUUAUUUCUCUGUUUUUUAUACGAUAUCCUGCCUUGUGAUACAGAAUUGUCGUAUAUUCAAUAUUUAAUCGUAACAAUGUCAAAUUAGUACUUCGUAUCAGCUGAGGGCGCUAGUGACGAAACACAGUGGAGUGGAUAGUCUGUGAGAGCAGCGAUAUAUUUUGUUGGCCAAUUCGUAGUAGCUUUCGCAAACCAGUAGAUGACCGUGAUUUUUAGUCCAUUCCGAGUGAUUUUGAGCAGCAUUGAGCAUCAUAGGUACAUUGAUGAAAAAUCGACUUCAGGUAAAAACGUAAUUACGCCGAUAAAUGCAGCAUGGUCGGUAAAGGUGAGGCAGCUGCAGUGCCAUACCGUAUGCUUGUCAUGGCGGCAUGGAGGACGAGCAAUGAAAAUGGCCGGAAGAUGCAAGGGGCAGUGGGGAGGGAUGGUAAGGCCGAAUAGAAGGCAGCGGUCCACGCGUUCUCAGCAGCCUAUCCUAGAUUUAUUUCCGUGGAUGUUGCGCAAUAAACGCUACACUGUUAGCUCACUGAAUGCUACCCCUCGUUUAACUUCGAAGAGGUGCCAAGGGCUAGUGAGUAACAUGUUAAUUGUCAUCGGCUGCCAUUCUUUUCAUCGCAUAAAGGAGCGCGAUUAUGUUCGCUAUGUAUAUGCGCUGUAAUGUUAUUUCUCGCUGUCAAUGUAAUGGAGACUUAGUCAUCCUUGUAUUAUAUUAAUGCACCUCUUUAACGCUAUCCACGUUUUGGCGUUCACGUGGAAACGCUUUCCACGCGGGGAAUUUCGAAUGAAAGAAGGCGUACGGAAUUUUUACGGAAGGUUUUUAUCGGUUUUCAAGAAUCAGUAAAUGAAAAAAAAAGAGGUACAACAAGUAGUUUACAGUACGUUUUCACUGUAUCGAUCAUGAGAAAGCAAUUCUAUAAGAAAAACUAAAUCACGUUUUAAUUGUGUUUUCAAGUAUGUUUCAGACUAAAUCUUAUUAUUUGACAUUGCUUGGUUUCAUCGUUAUUAUUUUUUUAUUCAUACUCAGAUAUGUCUAUUAGUAAACAUACAUACAUCAAACUUACAUCUUUAUUAAAGCAAAAAGUUAUUCAAUCUUGAUAUCUUAUUUAAAUACAUGCAUGAAUUCCAUAUGUUUUCACAGGAGAGUAUUCUACGGUGUAGACAAUAAAAUCUGCGUUUUAAUCACUGAAUUAGCUACAUUGCGAAUAUCAAUUUGAAGAAACUUAUUGAAGUUAUCAUUUUAAUAACAAGAAAUAUUUAAAAAUUAUUUUCUUUAUUCCUAACAAUAAAAUUAUAACAAGCUCAAAAUUUAAAGGACCAUAUGAUAUGAAUAUUUCUUUUACUGAUCACCAUCCGUUUCUGAUACGCCGUUGUUUCUGCCUAUGAACGUAUCAGUUAGACUAAAAUAUGUAAUACAAAAUGAUGAAUAAUGCCUAAUAAAUAAUAUCUUACUUUUCAUCGUACUCUUCUUUCACCCUUCGUUUAAGGAAUAAAAUUUCCGUUUGCUCCAGUUCUCAACAUGACGUCGCAAAAAACUUUUCAGUAAUAAGGAAAAACAUUAGGUAAUAAAUAAUUGUAUUCAGCUACUUUUUAUUUCAAAUUGCCUCGUAUGUUUUUCAUUGCGGAAAACACAUUGUUUCAGUCAAAAAAAAUAAUGGAAACGGUAAGAAAAUCGGAACGAUACGAUGACGUAUCUCGAUCGUUAACACAUUUAUCCACGAUAUCCAUCCAGUCAUGUUGCAAGAUAAGAUUACAUUGGUGGGGCAAUCACGAGCCGCAAGAAAACGCAAUAAUCUCUAUCAGAAGUGAAUUUACUGUACUAUUACUUCGAAAUUCAUUAGUUACGGUAUAAGUUUAACGAAUUUUCGUGAAAUCUAUCGUUUACUUUUAUUACCAUGACCCAUGGUAUCGCCGUUUAUUUAACCAUUUCACUUAUUUCGAUGUUCUCCGCUCUCGGAACGACAGUUUUGACGCAACAAUGCUCGUCGUUUUGCGUGUGUGACACUUGGUAUGGUUUGGAGCGCGCUUCUUGCGUGGGCCGCCAUCUUUACAGUAUACAUACAGGCGCACCGAACAACGUGCAAGCACUCGACUUAUCGGAUAAUGUGAUAUCACUUUUAAGUAGCUCCGAGUUAGCGGAUGUUGGAAUGACGAGAUUAAAGUAUCUUAAUCUUUCUAAGAAUGCAAUCAGUGAAAUCGGUCUAAAUGCUUUCGAUGCUCUUACGAAUUUAACGAUCUUGGAUCUAUCGAAAAAUAGGCUCCAUGAUAUUUCGGAUGAAGUCUUUGAAAGAAACAGAAAUCUACGAAUUUUAAUACUAUCGAAAAAUAAUUUCAAUUCGCAUGUACCGAAAUUACGAUCCUCUUCGUUAAUGGAACUAAGUUUGGAUUCAUGUCAGAUUAGUCAUUUACCUCCAGACACGUUCAAUGGACUCACGCACGUUCGUCGUCUCGAUCUUUCAAAUAAUUUGAUGAUUCAGAUGAGCAUCGUCGUCGUGCAAACAUUGCAUGUUUUGAACAAAUUAUCAUUAGAGGGAAAUCCAUGGUCUUGCAAUAAAAUUAUGUUUGAGUUACAAACAUAUCUCAAUACUAAGAGCAUCGAAUUCGACGAAGUUUGCGGUAAGAAAAUAAACGUAAAAAAAUUUGAGAAAAUGAUUAAUCUUCCUACAAAAUCACGUAGUUAUCAUCAUUUGGCAAAUGCAAGUAUGCUUUUUGAUGAAACUAAAUCGGUAACUGAAUAUAAUAUAUCGAAUACAGUGAAGGAUAAAAAUCUGUCAAUAUGUGAACAAAUGAUAAACCAAACGCUAGUUGUCGAUUCAGUAGAUAAAUCUGUAGUAUAUUGGUUUCUUCUUCUUGGUUUUAUACUUGGUAUUUCAAGUGGAUUAUUUAUUUCUUAUAUUUGGUUGUCGAGGAUGUGUCUGUGUAACCGGAGAUACAGGUAUCACGAACAAUUUAACGACGAAUUAAUAACCUCCCAACGACUAUCUUUGCUGGAUUCGUAUUUACAAAGACUCGUAAAUAGCGAUAGAAGCUUGAUAGAAUCUUGUCCAAGUACCCCGCCACCCCAAUAUCGUGAUGUUAUGCUACGACCUAGCCUCUACCCACCAAGAGUAUCGAAUUUAAAUAACAAUAGUACCGGAUAUGGAGAAAUGUAUACGUAACUUCAGAAGGUAACUUAUUAUUGUA